GCGAGCCCCGAUUCAAAACAAACAGAAAAGCCGCUUCUACCAAAAUCACACACACCACCGCCUCCGAUUCAAUAGAGAGAGAAAUUGGAGCAUCAAUCAUGGAGAAGAUCUGUGUUGCAGUUAGGGUGAGACCACAAGUUUCAGAGGAAACAUUCAAUGGAACCUACUGGAAAGUGGAGGACAAUCGCAUCUCUCUCCACAGGCCUCACGGCACCCCGAUCUCUGGCAUCUCUUUUACUUUUGAUCACGUGUUUGAUGAGAGCUCUACGAAUUCAAGCGUCUACGAGCUUCUGACUAAGGACAUCAUUCAUGCUGCAGUCGAUGGUUUCAAUGGAACUGCAUUUGCUUAUGGACAGACCAGCAGUGGAAAAACGUACACAAUGAAUGGCUCGGAAUCUGAUCCUGGAAUCAUUCAUCGUGCAGUUAAAGAUGUAUUUUCAAAAACACAGAUGACGUCUGACCGUGAAUUUCUGAUUCGAGUUUCCUACAUGGAAAUUUAUAAUGAAGAAAUAAAUGAUCUUUUCGCUGUGGAGAAUCAGAAGUUGCCAAUACAUGAGAGUCUGGAGCGUGGCGUUUUUGUUUCUGGCCUCAGGGAGGAAAUUGUUAGUGAUGCUGAACAAGUACUAAAGCUCAUUGAAGCAGGGGAAGAAAAUAGGCACUUUGGGGAGACAAACAUGAAUGCUAGAAGCAGCAGAUCACACACAAUUUUCAGAAUGGUCAUUGAAAGCAAGGAAAAGGAUACCAACUCUUGUGGUGACUACUCGAGUGCCGAUGCUAUCCGUGUAUCAGUAUUGAAUUUGGUAGAUUUGGCUGGUUCAGAACGGAUCGCUAAAACUGGAGCUGGCGGAGUUCGGUUAAAGGAAGGAAAACACAUUAACAAGAGCUUGAUGAUUCUCGGCAAUGUGAUCAACAAACUAAGUGAUGGGGCAAAGAACAGGGGGCAUAUACCUUAUCGUGACAGCAAGCUAACCCGCAUCCUUCAACCUGCUCUUGGUGGUAAUGCCAAAACCUCAAUUAUAUGUACAGUAGCACCAGAAGAGGUUCACGUAGAGGAAACAAAGGGAACCCUCCAAUUUGCUAGUAGAGCCAAAAGAAUAACCAAUUGUGCUCAAGUAAAUGAGAUUAUGACGGAUGCAGCCUUACUGAAGCGGCAGAAGUUAGAGAUAGAAGAGCUACGUAGGAAACUCCAGGGAUCUCAUGCUGGGGCACUGGAGCAAGAGAUUUUAAAACUACGGAAUGAAAUGCUUAAGUAUGAAGCAGACCGAGAGAAGCUUGAAAUACAACUGGAAGAGGAGAGGAAAUCACACAAAGAACGUGUUGCCUUUCCCGAUCAUGGCAGGAGUUCUAGUCAGAACUCCAGACAAAGCCAGAAGACAGAGAGCAAUGAGAGCAGCCAAGACGACGGUUUCAGAACCCCUUGUUUUAAGGCAGCUCCCAGUGCAUUCGUUGUAAAACGAUCGAAUCGAUCAAGACUGCCUGACUAUAGCCCCCUCCCUGAGACUCUUAGUGAUGUUGCCGAUGAAGAUACAUGGUCGAAAAUGAACAAUGGUUUUAUAGCUGACCUUGAUUCUCUUCAAACCACUCCCGCAAGAAAAGCUCAGUCUUUUCCAUCAGUUGAAGCAACUCCUGGUUGUUCAGGUGAUAAUUACGAAGAGGUGCAGAAUCUCAAGAUGCAAUUAAAACUUGUGACUGAGGAGAAGAAUGAACUUGAGAGAAAGCACACAGAACAAUUACUGCUGAAUGAUCAGCUGACGGGAGAAAUAGCUGAGCUUAAGCAAGAAUUACUGUCAAUGCAAGAAAUCCCUCACAAGCUGUCUGAGUCUGUGGAAAGUUGCAAAGAUAUUUACGAACGUGUUUUAUCUCAGCUGCAGAGUGUCGUGCUUGAUGGAAAAUCUUCAAAUUCAAAAUUCAUUGCAAGCAUGAGUGAGGUCGGUACAAGCCUUUUUUCAACACUGGAAAACCAUUUCUCGGGGAUGAUGAAUAGUUGCAAAGUUGACGAUGGGAAUGAUUCCUUGAUCAAAGAACAAUCCAAAGUGCUUUUGGAGAGACUAAAAGACAUGGUUACAUCCUUGGAGUUGUCCGGAACAUUAGACAGUCAGAAUAAUCAAGCAAAGGAUCCACUACACAGUUGCGACCAUAAGGACUGCAUUCUCGGAGGACAAAAUACUUGUUGGAAGGAGAAACUGAGCAAUGAUCUCAACGGUAUCAAGGAAAAAUACUAUGGCUUGGAGACAGAAUUAGAUCACAGUAACCAGCUUCUGAAGGUAUCUAGAGAAAGAUAUACCAGCUUGGAAAGAGAGCUUCAUCUUUUGAAAGAGGAGAGGGACAAGUUACGCGAAACAGUCUCCGAAUCAUCUUGUAAACUUGCUAUGGUCACGGAUCACAAGGAAAAUAUCCUGAGAGAUCUGAAUGAUGAGAUACAUAGAAGAAAGGAUCUCGAAGAAGAUAUCAAACAGUUUAAUGGUGCUUUUGCUAGCAGGCAAAGAUCACUUAUGUCUUUCCACAGUGAAUUGAGAUCUGAAAUUGAGAGACUGAGAAGCCUAAAUCCAGUUUCAGUAUCCAAAUCCCUUGAGCUUUGAAGGUAAUGUGUUGUUCCUUUGUUGUUAUUAUGUCAAGCCAGAAACUUCCUCUGCAUUGUCUGUUUCUUCUGUAUUUAUCACAACACCUAUGUUGUAAUCUGUUAUGUAAUUGCAUGAACUUCCUAUGUACUCUAAUUAUUUUCAAUCCCAACUUUGUUAGAAGCAUAUUAGAGAUUUUUAUGAGGGACUUGUCUAGUAUUUUUCA